CGUCUCAUCCAAGAUCUAAGCCCCAUCUAUAAAAGCCAAACCCAUCAUUUUUGAUUCCCAUCGCUCUCAAUUACUUUCGCUCUGUUAAAACCUUCCCUCUCUCAAACCUCGAAAUCCUUUCUUAACACAUCAAUGGCUCCAAAGGCAGAGAAAAAGCCGGCCGCAGAGAAGAAGGUCGCCGCCGAGAAGGCUCCGGCGGAGAAGAAGCCGAAGGCUGGGAAGAAGCUCCCCAAGGAGGCCGGCGCUGCUGCUGCCGGAGAGAAGAAGAAGAAGAGGCCGAAGAAGAGCAUCGAGACCUACAAGAUCUACAUCUUCAAGGUCCUGAAGCAGGUCCAUCCAGACAUCGGGAUCUCCAGCAAGGCGAUGGUGAUCAUGAACAGUUUCAUCAACGACAUCUUCGAGAAGCUCGCUCAGGAGGCCUCCAGAUUGGCCCGCUACAAUAAGAAGCCUACGAUCACUUCCAGGGAGAUCCAGACUGCCGUGAGGCUUGUUCUUCCCGGCGAAUUGGCCAAACACGCCGUGUCUGAGGGAACCAAGGCUGUGACGAAGUUUACCAGCUCUUGAAUAAUCAAUUUGAUCUGUUUUUAUCUAGGGUUUACCAAUCGGGCAAUGAGAAUGUCAAUUAGGAUGAUUAGUAGUUACUGCUUUGCUUUUUUGUGAUUAUUACAUGUUUUGAUUAUCUAUGAAUGGAAUCCUUCUCUGUUCUUCGUCUCCAUUUUCAACACCAUUCUCUGUGCUGAUUUUGAUUAUUAGCAGCUUUAUUUUCUACCUUAUGAAAUAGGCACUCCGAUUUUGCUUAAAUGAUGUCUAGAUUUUAGACUUUAAUGAAUUAAUGUUUGUCUA